AUGCGUGAACACGCACAGCGGAAGUUUAGACGGUUUGCCACUAGCUUGGAGGCAAACGAAGCAAGCACUGACAUAAAAUUAUAAAAAGAACAUUUUUGCUGCCCUCUCAAAUCCCAGUUCCCCCUUUCCCUGACACAUGGCUUCCAAUUCUAAUAUAGAUAUUGAGGGUGCCACCCAGCACCUUCGGGAUAUCUUAAAACUGGACCGACCCGGGAACAACGCCGAUUCGUCAUCCAGUGACAACCAAAGGAAAACAUCGUUCAAUGGUGAACUGAACGGUCUUCUGGGAGCCGAUCUCCUUGGAGCGGGAGAGCGCUCAGCCAUGGCGGAGAAGGCUGGGCCUGCAGAAAUCGCCCAAGAAGCCCAGAUAAUCUGCUUGUCUGGAGAUGAUGGCUCCACCUGCAUUGCCAUCACGUCCAACAAUGUGGAGAUUGUGGCCAGUAGAGACUCCAGUAUUGACAGCAAAGCCCGCGGCAGCAACAAGGUGAAGAUCCAGCCUGUUGCCAAGUACGACUGGGAACACAAGUAUUACUAUGGCAACCUGAUUGCCGUGUCCAAUUCCUUCCUGGCGUACGCCAUUAGAGGAGCCAACAACCAGGCCAUGAUCCGGGUGUUGAGCCUGGGCUCUGCUGAGCGCUCCCUGCUGAAGGGCUUCACCGGGGCGGUCACUGACCUGGCCUUUGCUCACCUGGACUCAGCCCUGCUGGGCUGUGUGGACGAGGCUGGCAACCUGUUCGUCUGGCAGCUCACCUGCCACAACAACAAAAUACUAGACCAGGUAGUGGUCUACAUCCGCCGGCCAGAGGACACGCCCUUGAACUCCACCAGGCGUCUGAUCUGGUGCCCCUACAUCCAGGAAGAGCAGGAUGACAGCCCCGAGGAUAGCAGCCAGACCCUGGCACUGCUGCACCAGGACAGGGCGGAGGUGUGGGAUCUGGAUGUGCUCCGCAGUAAUACCAGCAGCUGGCCCGUGGAUGCUGCUGACCUGAAGGAUGGCCUCAUCACCAUCAAAGGACACACGGACCGAAUCAGCGAAGGAGCCCUGUCUCCGGACGGGACGGUCCUGGCCACUGCCAGCCACGACGGAUACGUCAAGUUCUGGCAGAUCUACAUCGAGGGACAGGAUCAGCCCAGGUCAAUGUGUCUGCAUGAGUGGCAGCCCCACGGAGGGAACCCCCUCUCCUGCCUGCUCUUCUGCGACAACCACAAGAAGCAGGACCCAGAUGUGCCGUUCUGGCGCUUCCUGAUCACGGGAGCAGAGCAGAACCAGGAGCUGAAGAUGUGGUGCACCGUGUCCUGGACCUGUCUGCAGACCAUCAGGUUCUCCCCUGACCCGUUCAACUCCUCGGUGCGGCCCAGCCUGAAGGCUAGUCUGGACCUGUCGGCAGAGUGCCUCAUCCUGACUGACGUUCAGAGGAAGGUGCUGUACGUGAUGGAGCUGCUCCAGGACCAGGAGCGAGGCAGAGCCAGCUUCACGGCCGUGUCGGAGUUCCUGCUCACCCACCCUGUCCUGAGCUUCGGGGUCCAGGAAGUGUCUCACUCCCGCCUGCGGCACACCGAGGUGCUGCCCCCCGUGGAGGAGAGCGAGAGCAUGACCACAGAGGGCACCCAGGGACCCCUGGAGUCUAAAUCAGGAAUCCAGAUCAAGCUCUACUGUGUCCACACCAAGUCUCUGCAGGAUGUUCAGAUCUGGUUCCAGCCCAACCUGGGCUCUGGCUCCACACACUUCCUGCCUCACUCAGACUCCCAGGACGCGUUUGGUUUCUCCGACCCCCUGACAGACCUGAGUGUGGAGGCCAUGAGCUCCGACAGAGACUCGGGAGGUUCCCAUAGCGACCUGCGGAAGAUCUCCUCACUUCCUGCUCCUGUGGACUUCCUGUCGCCAGGAGGCGGGGCCAGUGGAGCAAUGCCCAAACUGAUGACCCCCGACGCCUUCAUGACCCCCAGCGCCUCGGUGCCAGCGUCGCCAGGCAGCAGUGCCAGCAGUCUGACUAUCGUCACGGGGAUGAGCAGCAACUCUGACACCCCUGCCAGGGUUGUGGAGGACCUGACCCAGAGUCCUGGCAGUAACAAGGUGUGUGUGGAGAGCAGCAGCAGUAGCAGCAGUCUGACCCUCAGUGCUUCAACUAGCAGCCCCAGAGCCAACUGCUCCCUGCUGCUGUCUGGCCUGGACAACCUGCACUCUGUGACCCCCCCCAUCGCCUCUCUGUCCCUGGACCCCCCCCAGGGCAUGGCCUCCCCCCCCCUCCCCCCGCAGGCCUCCCCCACCCGUGCCCGCUCCCCCGACGUCAUCUCCUCUGCCUCCACCGCCCUGUCCCAGGACAUCCCCGAGAUCGCGUCCCAGACGCUGCAGCGCUCCCUGGCUGCGGGCACGCCCGAGGCCCUGCCCAGCCUCCACAGCAUGGCCGAUAGCAUGGCCUCGGCAGCCUCCGCCCUGCACCUGCUGUCCUCUUCCCCGCGGGGCCGCGCCCCUUCCGACCAUGCCCUGCUGCCCCCGGAGCUGGGCGGGGCCGGGGAGGUGGAGCCAAGGCUGAGCCACACCCCUUCCCUGCUGGAGAACGCCCUGUCGCAGGAGGGCGGAGCGGCCGGGGGUGGGGCCGGGGUGGGGGAUGGGAAUGGAAGCCACGCCCCCUGGCCGGCCGCCCCCGACAUCACCAGGGAGACGCGGAACAGUCUGAGAGACAACGGCUUGGGAGACUGCUCCAGGGAAGAUCUGAAGGACAGGCACGUGUCAUCUCCGUACCACCGGCGCUCCUACCAGCUCACACAGAACGACAGCCAGGACGCCAGCGCAGAGCAGAGUGACCAUGACGACGAGGUGGCCAGCCUGGCGUCGUCCUCGGGGAACUGUGGCGCUCGCUCAUCUCACAGACUUCCUGUGAAGGACUGGAAGACUUCCCCUCGCAGCUCACCCAAGCUGAAGAGGAAGAACAAGAAGGACGAGGGGGAGGUGUGCCAGUCCAGACAAAUGGACCACCAUCAGGUGCUGGGUGCGGAGCUGCAGGAGGAGCUGCUGUUGCUGCUGCGCGGCCAGCAGAGGGAGCUAGCUGAGCUGCGCCUGGAGCUGCAGAGGCUGUCGGGUCACAUGGAGAACAGCGUCGCCUCCCACGUGGACCACGCCCUGGCCAGCCAGCAGGAGCACCAGCAGCGAAGGCUGGAGCGUGUGGUGUUAGAGAACCAGAGCCGUAACCAGCAGCUUGAGGAGCAGCUGUCUCAGCAGCUAGCCCUCUCCCUGUCCUCCUCCUUCUCCUCCCUCUCCUCCUCCCUCUCCUCCCGCCUGGACAAGACCAUCCGUGACGAGAUGAGGAAGACCGUCCCUCAGACCAUCUCUAAGAGUCUGGAGCCGGUGACCGGGCAGCUCAGUAGCACCAUAGCUGCCAAGCUGACCGCUGUGGAGGGAGCACUCAAGGACAACGUUAGCAAGGUGGUCAAGUCUAAGAACACAACAGAUGCGAUUGGUCGGGCAGCAGCAGAAGCCAUGCAGGGCCCCAUCCAGGCGGCCUAUAAGGAUGCUUUCCAGAGCAUUGUACUUCCUGUGUUUGAGAAGGGCUGCCAGUCCAUGUUCCAGCAGAUCAACGACAGCUUCAAACAGGGAACGCAUGAAUACAUCCAGCAGCUGGAGAACCACGUUAAAAACAAGAAGUUGCGGGAGCAGGAUGCACGGGACCCUCUGAUUGGUCAGCUGCAGCAGAUGCUCGAUGCCUUCCAGAAGUCUACAGACCAGCUGGCCAAUACAGUGACGGCUAACGUGCGCUCUGAAGUCCAGCAUCAGCUGCACAUGAGCGUGGGAAGCUUGCAGGAGUCCAUCCUGACCCAGGUGCAGCGCAUCGUGAAGGGGGAGGUGGGCCAGGCCAUGAAGGAGCAGCAGGCCGUGGUCACCUCGUCCAUCAUGCAGGCCAUGAGGUCUGCUGCAGGGACACCAGUUCCCUCUGCUCACCUGGACUUCCAGACCCAGCAGGCUGCUGUCCUCCAGCUGCUGCAGCAGGGCCAGCUCAACCAGGCCUUCCAGCAGGCCCUGUCAGCCACAGACCUGAACCUGGUCCUGUACGUGUGUGAGACCAUCGACAGCCAGCAGGUGUUCGGCCAGGAACCUUGUCCCCUCAUCCAGCCGGUCCUGCUGUCCCUGAUACAGCAGCUGUCCUCCAACCUGGCAACCCGCACAGAGCUCAAGAUCAGCUACCUGGAGGAUGCGGUGAUGAACCUGGACCACGGAGACCCCGUCACCAGGGACCACAUGAGCACCGUCCUCUCCCAGGUCCGCCAGAAGCUGUUCCAGUUCCUGCAGCAGGACCCCCACAGCGCCCUGGGCAAGCGUGCCCGGCGCCUCAUGAUGAUGCUUCAGGGCCUCGUCAACCACUAAGCUUCUUCCUCUCUGACUUUGGGCGUGGGAUGAUGAUGUCGUCGGCGUCACUCCUCUCUCUCUCUCUCGCCCAGCUCCACCCAGCGGGACCCUGCAUUUACAACCGUCUGAGUUUUUUGGGGGACGUGGACGGCAGUUUUGACCCUUCAUGGACAACGUAGCCUGAAGGGCGUUUUGUUUUGCGUUGGGGAGCAUCUGGUUCAGCCUGGACUUUUUUUUUUUUUCGUAGUCUCUUGCCGUUUUGUUCUGGUCGCCAAGGAGGUCUCCGACUGGAUAUCGAGCUUCGUCAUGGCAACCGUGGGGCUAUUAGAAAGCGCCAGAAAACAAGAUGGCUGUCUGUGAUUCAGCUAGCUCGCCCCUUCAGGAACGUCUCCU